AUGUUACACGAAAUACUAUUUGGACUGUUAGGGAAAUCAGGCAAUAUUAUUAUAGAAUAAAAUGAUAGCUUUGUUUUAGAUCCAAAGAUAACAUUUCUGACUCCUGCUGAAAAGGAGAUAAUUAAUAGUCUUUGCUGCUUGGGAUAUUAUUAUAAAAAUUUAGAAUAGUUUUUGGAUGAAAAUUACAACAAUUUUGCUAAGAUAACUUAUUUUAUGAAUAAAAAUAAUAAUUUUAAUGAGAAUUGUGAUGACCAAAACGAUGGUCCAAUCGCUGAAGUCAAUGUAAUUGGAAAUAGCGCAUAUUUGAAGGGAUUUUGUCUUGGAUUAGAAUAAAUAAUCAACAGUUAUAGAGAAAAAAUCAUUGAAAUAGAGAGGGAUUUUUUGGAAAAUAGAGUGUUUACAAUAGCUUCUUUAAAGAUUAAGUUGACAUCUCAUUUCGAUAUUUUGCCAGAUUUACAUAAAAUAGUAAUUAAAAUUGUAGAAGAAAAUUUAAAGGGAGGCCAACUUUUAGAUUUAAUGCAUAGUAAAAGCUAAACUGGUAAUACAGCCUUAAGGGAAGUAUAUUAGAUUUUGACUGACUAGUGCUAUUCUGUUUUAUAUUAGCAACUAAGUGGAUGGAUUCUCUAUGGAAAUCUUUAAGAUUAUUAUGAUGAGUUUUUUAUCUACAGGAUUGAAUAAACGAAAUCUUAACAGAGCAAUGCUUAUGAUAAAAAUGUGGUAGAACAACCAAAUGAACUAGAAAUAGAUUGGGAUAGCAUUUUUUCUUUAAGGUAUGCGAUGUUGCCUUAGAGUAUUGUUUCACACAAGCAAGCAGAAAAGAUAUUAUUCAUAGGAAAAGGUAUUAGAAUAUUAAGAAACACAUAAAAGGAAUAUGAAAACUCAUUUCUACCUCCACAAUAAAUGCUGACUUUGAUUGAAGAAAUUCGUCAAUAUGACAGCUUUAAAUUUUAAAACACAAUUGAGUCUUUGAGAUACGAAAUAGCAAAAUAAAUGUUGGAACUUGUUCUUAAAAAUCAAAAUUUAAUGAAUCACUUAAACACUCUAAACAAUUAUUUUCUUAUGGGAAACGGAGAGUUCUUCAAAGCUUUUUACGAAGAAAGUAGAAGCUUAAUGCAGCUACCUCCAAAGCCAGAGAGUGAAGGUCACUUAAAUAAUGUGAUAGUUCCUCAUACUUUAAUUAGACUGAGGAAUGACGAUGAAAUUGUUAAUGCCUUUAAAAAUUUUUAGUUCAAGAUAAAAAAUAAUGGAUUCGAAUUCAAAGAUUUUUCUUAGGUUAAUGAAUUGAAUAUAUUUGGAAAUGUUCACUAACAAAGAAACAAUUACAUCAGAUUCUAGCCUCUAAAGAAUUCUAAAUUGAGUGGAUCUUUGUGGUAUAAGUUUAAAUAAAAUAUUGAAAUGGGAUUUAAACUUAGCUUUACUUUUAGAUUUAAAAAAGAGAGAAAUUAUUUGCCAAUAAAUUAGUUUUCAAAAUUAGGAUCACCAAAUAUAAAUUUAUUGCAAUCUAGCACAAAAGGUAGUGUUAACUUGCUUCAAAGUGAAGAAUAAUCACCUUUGAAGUCUAGAUUCUCUUAUUUCACUAGCAGCAUAGCUUAAGAUGAAACAAAUGAGAAUGGUUUAUUAAUUGUUUUCUAAAAUACAAAAGAAAUCAGCUCUUAUAAAAAAGCAGCUCCUUACAGAUUAUAAGACAUGAAUGAAUAUGUUGCUAUCAAAUUUUAUACAAAGGAGACCAAUAAAAAAGGUGCUGCUUCAGUUGCAAAAGAAAUUAAUGACCAAAAAUGCUCUAUUUAAAUGGUUGUUUGCAAUAAUGGAAAACCAACUUAUAUUAAGAAUCAUGAAUUUGAUUGUGAUAGAGUAAAUUUCUUAGAUGGUUAAUUGUAAGUCAUCAAAAUAAACUAUGAUGGAGAGAAUAUUGCAUUACAUUUAGAGGAUAUUGAUAACAUGAACAGAGGACUUUAAAGUCAGUUAUUUACUUUCCCUUUCAAAUUCAAUAAAUUCCUAAAUUUAGACAUGGGAAGAGCUUAUGUAGGAUUUAUUUAAGAUUCAAAUAAUGGUAAUUGUGCCAUGGAUAUUAUGAGCUGGUAAAUGUAUAGUUCAAAUGUUUUUAAUAACCAAGAUGCAUGGAAUGGACUUACUAUGGACUACCAAGUCAAAUGGCCUCUCAAUUUAAUGAUAUCAUCUCAUUUGAUAGAAAAAUAUAAAACUAUAUUCAGAUAUUUAUUUCCUUUAAGAACUAUUUAGUUUGAACUGUAAAGAUCGUGGCUUUAUUUCAUGAAAAACAGUAAAAGAGGCAAGUUAAAUCCAACAUUAAAUUCAAUGCUGUUAAUGAGAACAAAGCUAAGUUCAGUAAUAGAUAGUUUAUGGACAUACUUUCAUACAGACAUUAUAACUUCAUAGUGGUCAAAACUGUAAGAAAAAGUUGCAGAGAUUAAAGACUUUGAAGAACUUAGAAAGAUAAUUGAUCUUUUUUUGAGCUCAAUAUAAAUUUAAAUUUUCUUAAGCUAUCCUAAAUUAGUAAAGAGUAUCUUUGAUAUUGUCGAUUGCUGUAGGAGAUAUUGUAACAUCGUAGUAAAAUUAGAAUAUGAUACAAGUAUUGAUUUAUUGUAAGCAGACUUUGAGGUUCUAAAAGAAGAUUUCGAAAAGAAUUUCAUGAAUCUUCUUAAUUUACUUAUACUUAUGACAAAAAAUACCAAUGCAACAUUCUUAUUUUAGUUGCUACUUAGAUUAGAUUUUAAUGGCUAUUAUAGAGAAAAGAUGGAAGAUAAAUAUAAAUACUGA